UCCUUCUGCGCGAAAGAAGGUUGUGCGCAUGCGCUACGUAUUGGUCGGUGGGCGCGCUGCAGCAGCUUGUCUGAGCCGCCCGCCUCGCUCAGUCGCCAUGAGCUUCUUGCUGCCCAAGCUCGGCAGCAAAAAGGAGGUGGAUGAGGCAAUCAAGAGCGUGGCCGAGAAAGUCCUGGUCCUCCGCUUUGGCAUAGAUGAAGAUCUUAUCUGCAUGCAGCUGGACGAUAUUCUUGCAAAAACAUCUCAUGACUUAAGUAAAAUGGCUGCAAUUUACUUGGUGGAUGUAAAGAAAGUGCCAGUGUACACCCAAUAUUUUGACAUCAGCUAUAUUCCAUCAACUGUCUUCUUUUUCAACGGGCAGCAUAUGAAAGUGGAUUAUGGAUCUCCAGAUCACACUAAAUUUGUCGGAAGUUUCAAAACAAAACAAGACUUCAUAGAUUUGAUUGAGGUGAUUUACCGUGGAGCAAUGCGUGGAAAACUAAUCGUACGAAGCCCAAUUGAUCCAAAGAAUAUUCCCAAGUAUGACCUUCUGUAUCAAGGCAUUUAAUGCCCCACAGGGAGAGGAGUGACAGGUGGAAUAUGAACUGCUUAAAGCUGAUGAUUCCACGUCUUCUCCAAACGUAUGCCAAUUGCAUCUUGAAAGCAAAAGGAAGAAAGGAGCUGAGACUGGUCUUUUGUACUCAGGAUCAUAUUGGUCAGCCUCAGAGACAGACUUUCAUUAAUUCAUUUUUCAAUGGAAUUGACCGGAAUUGCUUAGGCUGAAACUUAUUUAAUUCUAAUAUGUCAAAGAAGCUGCAGUAGAGUAAUAUGUUCUUGCUCUAAAUAAAUGCUUUCGGGCUAUAUAAGGAUAUAAUUAACAAGAAUAAUUCUAGAGCUGCCAUGCCCUGUAGAAGUAUCCUGAAGAAAAGAUAAAAGUAAUGACUGGGUUUUUAUUCUGAAAUGUUAUAACUGCUCCCACUAUCUGUCCUAACUUCCCAGCCAUCAACUGAACACUACAUCUUCAGAAAUAUAAGGUAUUUCUGGUUUCACAACACAAAAUGGGAAAUUCUUUUUUGGAAAAGGAUGGUGGGUGGGAACUUAAAUGUUAAAAUUGGUUUAUUAAAAAAAUAAAUAUUUUAAGAUAUUAAGAAUUAAACUCAACUGUAUUGUGUCAAAGUAUGAUGGUGCAAUAGGAAGGAUGAAUGAGUAAACCCAUCUUUCAAGCAAAGUUUUCUAAUUCUUUUUGCUAUGCACUGAACUUUCCACUCACAAUUGCAAUGCAUAUAUUCAGUGAUUUAUUCAUUUUUUACUGCUGGUUCAGAUUAAACACCAGACUUUUCAAAGGAAGGAAGGAAGGAAGUUUUGCCAGAAACAAGGAACAGUUGUUACAUUAACAUUCACAUAAAGUUUCAGAAAUGGAAAUGGGACAACAAAUAUUAGACUGGUAAUGGUAUGCUCCAUAUCUAGAUAAAGUACUUUUACCUCAACGAUAAGCUUAAGCAUCAAAACUAGUACAAAACUUCUAUUAGAAGAAAAAAUGGGUAUGAAUAACAGAUGCUUAACUUGUUUUCAUUGACUUGCUCCUUGUUAGAAUAGGUGAACGAUUGAUCGGUUGUUUAGUGAAGACUUUCAGUGCACUCUUAAGAUAUUUGAAAAUGGACUGUAGACUAGAGGAAGGAGCCAGGCUAUAAUUUUCAGUUCCUGUGGAGACUGUAGGGCAAUCAACUUUCACCCUAAAGCCUACUGACUUAUCUAAAGGUUCACUGUGGGAUACCCACUCUCGGCAAUGUUUCCAUAUCCAGGCCUGCACCUGGGAAAUGCCUUGUGUCUGGUGCGGUGUGUGGUGUGUGGAGUCAAUAAGCGCAACAGCACCUACUUUGUUCAUUACCUCCGAAGUUCUCUGCAUGAGGAGGUCGAUGAAAACCAAACCUCCAUAACCAUGGGCAAUGAAAGCCACCUUUUCUGCUGUGCUCUUUGAAAUGAAAUGGUCCCAAACGUAACUUGUAUGCUCUUCAGGACUACUGCUCUCUCUCUUUGGGACUGCCGAGGGUGAUUGUAGUGGACAUGUGGAGUCUUUUUUCUCAGAGAGGCUGAAGCAUUCUUGUUCUGUCUUCAGUUCAAUGAAGUUGUCAUUGGGAUUUAAAACAAUCACUCCCCAAGAGCACUGCAGAGCCUUUAUGAUGAAUGGUAUUUGAGAUCCGUGUUGGAGGCCUUCACGAACUAUGACUUUUCGUCCCCACUGACCUGCACGAAAAGAUCCCUUGUCUUGAAGGAGGAUGACUAGAGUUGAGCAAUUAGUUAAUGCAUUCUCACUCAUGAAAAAAAAACUGCGAAGUUCAUUGUCUGGAGCAUCUGUUGGGAUGUAAAUCUUUUGCAGUUUGCAUGUCUUUUCCAGGAGCUCGAAAACAUACUGAGUAAUUAAGCAUCCAAGAUAUUGAAAAUGUUGGUGAUUAGCAUUAUGUGAAUUUUGAUAAUCAUAAACAAAAGGUUCAUUGGUAUCCAUAUGCCUAAGGUCCCCAUUUUUAUUAAAGUCAUAUUUGAGAGUUUCUGGA